UUUUGUUGCAAUAGCAGAAGGUACUCCUGUUGUUAGUGCAUUGACUUCGUCAAGAAGGAAAUCUGGUGGGCUGAUAAUUGUUGGACCUGAAGGGGAUUUCACAGAGAAAGAGGUGAAUAUGAUGACAGAAGCAGGUGCUACCCCUGUUGGUCUGGGGCCACAUCGCUUGCGUGUCGAAACUGCAACGAUGGCUCUUUUGGCAACCCUAAUGCUAUGGUCUGACUCUCGGCAAACCAGUCCUUGAGAACCACAGGUUGCUUUCUCUGAACUCUCUACUCUCUCCGCGGCUAAAAAUAGAAAUGAGACACCCGGUGGAGAAUCAAACUUUGUAAUGAAUAAAAAGUCAGAGAAGCGCACCCGGUGGCAAAUUCGUAAUUAUAGGGAAACUGAUGUCCGGACUCUUCGUCCGAUAUCAAUAAAAAAAACGAUUCGGUGUCAUCUGUAUGGAGCACGUAGGGAGAAAGAAAAUCAGAGCGACUGCCGACUGGAGACUCCACAAGCGAGAUUCGUAGUGGAAAAAAACGAUCGAACGAACAAUUUUGAUCGUCUCCGGUUCAGUUUCGGCGAUUGAGAAGAGGAUUGGUCGGAGAUGGGAAGCCAACUGGAGAGCUUGGUGGAGUCAAUCAAAUCGAAGGUGAGAGCUCUGAAGAAGACGAAGAAACCGUACAUCAAAAUGGAUAAGAGCUCGAGUGUGAAGGUGGAGAUCCGAAGCAGAAAAGCCAGGAAGCUCAUCGAUAAGACGUUAAAGGUUGCUGAUCAUCCCGGAAAACGAAGCAUUUCGUGAUCUUUUCUACAGGUUCUUAAUUGUCCGCUUCCUUUGCUUUUUUUUUUUUUUUUUUUUUUUGCUUUAUAUCUGACUAAUCAAAAAUGAAUUAAAGAGGAAGGAGGAAAAGAAACAUUUCCACUUUGACUAUUGAUUUUAGGUGGUGUAGAUAAGUAGAAGGGACUGUUUGUUUAUGUGCCUGCCGAUUCUGUGUUCUUCAAAAUGUAACCGUUUCGGGUUGGCUAACAACCGAACAAGGCUUAAUUUCUCCGGUCUUCACUGCCUUGUUCAGUUUCUUUAUACUUUUCAAUAAUCUAAUAAGAUGCCGUCUCCGUUACCAGUACUA